AAGACCUAUUCUUGAUUGUAUCAAAAUUUGCAAAUUAGGCUUUAUUAAAUGUACUUCUUAUUAAAUGGUCAAUAUUUGUGUUCGUAAUAUAUGAGCCAAAGAUACUUUGGAUCGAUAUUCGAUUCGUAUUACUUAACUCAGUGUGAAAAUAGUGUUGAUUAGAUGAAAAUGAGCUGCACGGAAAAUCGUAAUAAUUGAGGCUAAAAAGAAAAGAAAGAAGAAAAGAUGCCAUUCCAACUAUACGACGCUUAAUCUUGCAGUCAAAUCUGGACAACUUUAAAUUUUAAUUUGGUGCGGUUGAAUUGUGUUUCCAAAACGUUUGCUACCACUUAAACCCGACGGUAUUAAGCAACAAUAAUCUGUGUGCCUCAAUGUGACCACCAUUUAUCACAUUAAACCAAUAUCAACAGCACGGAUAGAGUGUUCCAGCGUGCUAAAUCGAACAAAGGGCAUACGCUCACCCCAAGAACAUUAGAAAAUGCUUAAAGGUCGACGGACACGAAAUGCUGAAAAGAUUUCUGCCAAACCUUUUCACGAUGAUACAGCCAGUCCGAAGCGUAAGGAUAUUAAAUACGCCUCUAAAGACAAUAAUGACAACGUUGAAGCGGUUCAACAGCUAAAUCGCAUUACUUCUAAAUUGCAUAGUGUGGAACCGAUGAAACUUCGUGGAGGCCGUGUUAAAACAUCGGACAUAUCACAAUAUUUGGAGAGAAAAACCAAUCUUAAAAUUAAAGAUGUCAUAAACUCUAUUGAUCCAACACAAACUGACCAUCAAAGCAUCGAUAUUACAAACGAAAAUGCUGAUGACUCUUCCGAGGUGCAAUUGUUGGAAAUGCCUGCUUCAGAAACAAGAGAUGAAGUAGUUGAAUCAAGAAAAUCAAUUAACAAUAACAUAUUUCUACAGGAACCAGUGUUAAGCCUAAAUUUCGCAAAAAUAUCGAACGCACAAAGUCAAAGUUUUAAAAUGAUGCACAAUUCUUUUCUAACAAACUCAGAAAUAAAAAUUGAACCCUUCUCAUCGUCAAUGCAACCAAAGAUUAACUCUUUCUGGAAAGUAAACAGUAUGAAGAGCUCGGAAGAUCAGAAAAAGGCAUCAAUUGUAAAUGUUGAACAGCAUGUACUAGAUCUCUCUAAACCAACACAAGUAACUCAGAUCGAUUCUACAACCACUGCGGAGAACUUACUGCACGAUGAAGAUAACUCUUGCGAUAGUGGUGACAGUGGAGUUGUUAUCCUAUCAGGAUCGGACGGAUCUGUUGUAACGUUGUCGCACAUAAAUGACCAUACUGAUUCGACGAUGAACAGCGACCAAAUAAAAUCUUCUGAGAAGCGAAAAAAGCCAGCCACUCCUCACAGAAUUCUGUGUCCCUCGCCUGCUAAAAAUGCAAUAAUCUAUUUGCAAAGUCCACCAGGUCUGUUAAAUGUUGCUUCUUCAGAAAACGGUCGUAGCAAAAAACGAACCGCUACCAAUAAAUCUCGAAAAAGGCUAAUUGUUAAAGAUGAUGCAAUUUCGAAAGGUGUAGCAGCAAAAUCGGGUACAGAAUUAAAACCCCAGAAACAAGAUGAUUCUGAAUGCGAAAUGUGUAUUUCAAUCAGACCAGAGGAAAAAAAUAAGAUACAAGUGCAAAACCAGCAACUUUUUGUUGGACACGCUAAUCCUAAACCGGCCACUGGUUGCAGUAAAAAAAUUACGGAAUUCUACCCCAUAAGACGAAGUGUGCGGAAGACAAAAAAGGAAGUUCAAGUUGAGCGGGAUCGUGAUAUCGAAAAAGCCAUUAGAGAAGGACGCGAAGAAGGGCUGAAGAUCGAGCAGUUCGAAGGUAAGGGCCGUGGAAUUGUAACAACACGCCCUUUCUCCAAGGGUGAAUUUGUUGUAGAAUAUAUUGGCGACCUUAUAAGUGUUUCCGAAGCAAAACAACGAGAGCAAAUAUAUGCAAAAGAUGAUAAUACUGGUUGCUACAUGUACUACUUCAGGCACAAGAGUCUACAACAUUGUAUUGAUGCAACAGCCGAGAGUGGAAAACUGGGACGCUUAGUUAACCAUUCCCGAAAUGGUAAUCUGGUUACCAAAACUGUUCCUAUCAAUAAUCGGCCACAUCUUGUUCUUAUUGCCAAAGAGGAUAUUGGAAAAGGCGUUGAAGUGACAUACGAUUAUGGAGACAGAUCAAAAGAAGCUUUGCAACAUUAUCCGUGGUUGGCAUUAUAAUUAUGCAUAGACUCAAAAUCCUACGAUUGACUUAUUGAGCUUAGUUAUAAUUUUUUUUCGCAAGGUUCUUGUUCUUAUUGUUUUGUAAUAUCUGUGUCUUGAGAAUAGUUUAUGUAUGUAAUGUAAUUCGAAUUUGUGUAUACGCCAUUCUCAGUUAAUGCAAACAAAAAAUUGGAAUGCUAAAGCUUAGGGAAUAAACGACAAAUUCGUGAAUCACUAAUAAUCAUGUUUUAGUUCUUGUAAGACACUGUAAUGUACGACAAGUUAUCCUUGAUUCUAGAAGGAAUAAAGUGGUAAAAGAUUACCUCAAUCUUCGCUAUAUAGACAGCUUAUAGAAUAGAAAAAAACAAUCAAUAUCAAACAAAACAUUUGGUUUACGUUUGUUUCACAAUAUAGUUUUUUAUUCAUAUUUAUUCCGUGAACUAAAUGAGAAUUGUGUUGUGCAAGAUAUCUUGAUUCAUUUUGACAUUAAGUAUAACUAGAAAAAUUCACUAGCAAAGAUAAGGGUUUUCUUUCUGCAAAUCACAAGUCUUAUGUUAAUCCAUGCUCUAUAAACAUUACUUUAAGCCCAAUUAAUGAUGAAUUCAAAAUUAAUGAUUCAUGAACACUUACAUACUAUACAAUUAUGUACAACCUGGAUUUAAAGCAUAAUAGAUUUAAAGUUUAAAAAUAGGUAGUACAUUAGUAAAUUACAUUAAUCCCUUCGUGUGGUUCGUAUUAUUUUUUUUAAUUGCCUAGUAGCGACAUGUAAACAGCAUAUUUGUCUUCUGAUUCAAACAGUGCACUCAUAUUGCGUUAGUUUCAUUUUAAUAUAUUUUAAAUCAUAUUUGUUUAUCACUUUGCAGAAAACAAUAUUUGAAAAACGAUAGGCACAUGAGCCAUUAUGGAUUAAAUUUGAUCGGAUCACAUAAGCAGGAUGUAAAAUAUCACUGCAGACAAUAUAAAUGUCUACGAAGAAGGCCAAAUCACGCCUAGAUCGAUAAAAGGCGUCAAUGCAUUAGGAAAAGCAGAAGCAAGCGGUACAAAAAACUAAUUUAGUUAUUUGAUACACAAGGAUAUAAGUUUCACUAUUAUACGUUUAUGUAAGUUAAUUUUUUGUUAGCAAACUGAUUAGUUUGUAUUUGCCGUUGUGUGAAUAAAAUAAUCACAUAACAUAAAAUAACAAAAUAUAAAUAGAAUUUGAAGUAUAUUCGAAUAUAAAAUUGUUUACAUUACUUAAA